AUAUCACCAUGUUAUAUUUGACUGGACAAGCGAGCACUGAGCCCUCCGUUAGCCUGACCCCUGGCUGCAUGGACUCCCACGAGCUGACGACCCAGAGCGACGUGGGGCCUCGGGUCAUGGGCUUGAUCCUGAGCAUCGCCGCCUGCCUCAUCAUCUCCACCAACCUGCUGGUGGCGGUCGCUCUACUGAAGCUACUCAUCAAGAGGAGCAGCCAGAGCUGGUGCUUCGUCCUCAACCUGGCGCUGGCUGACACCCUGGUGGGCGUGGCCAUCACCGGCUUGGCCACGGAGGACUUCAACAGCAGCAACAACAACAACAACUGUAUCCCUCGGAACCAGCACGGCCACAUCACCGCUGAUCAUCCCACGAACACCACGCCUCCGGCUCAGGGGAAAAGCCGGUGUUUGAUGCGGAUGGCCUUCGUGACGUCGCCCUGCACGGCGUCCAUCAUGUCCAUGUUCCUGAUCUCACUGGACCGCUACGCAGCCAUCAAGAUGCCCCUGCGGUACUCCCUGCUGUCUGGGAGGGGGACAGCAGUCGGGUCCUUGCUGACUCUGUGGAUCAGCUCACUCACUGUGGGGUUUAUGCCAGUCAUGGUCCGGCAGCUGCAGACGGAGAGCUACAACGGCUUUUGUGCCUUCUUUUCCGUCAUCCAUGGAGGGGGCAUCGUCGUGCUGUACAGCACGUGCUUCUUCCCUGUGCUCUCCGUGUUCAUCUACAUCUACCUGGACAUCCUGAAGAUCGCCUGCAGCCACCAGAAGCAGAUCUGCCGAGUCAGGCAGGCAGGCUCCAGGACGACUGACCACCACCACCACGGCCAUCAACACUACCAAAAUCACCACCAGCAUCAGCAGCUGAGAAGCGGUUACUGGAGUCACGUCAAGGCCCUGAGGACGGUGGCGGUGCUUGUGGGCUGCUUCUUAGUGCUCUGGUGCCCCUUCUUUGUUGUGUGCAUAGUUCACAUCCUGUGUGAAAGUUGUGAACUCAAAGGCUUGUUGGAGAAUCAUCUGUGGCUGCUAGGACUGUCCAACUCACUGAUCAACCCCCUGGUAUACGCCUUUUGGCAGAGGGAGGUGAGGCUGCAGCUGGCAGCCAUGUUUUCCUGCUUUAAAGGGAGAUCGUCGACUGCCGGACCCCCAGGUAUCGCAGAAAGACAUGACCCUUCGUCACCUGUGCAGACUCAAGCUCCCUCACUGUUGCGGCCGAUUACCUGCAACAAUGAGACCCACACUGUGGUACUAUCCUCCACAACAACCUUAUGAAAGAAAACCAGAGAAACUAGCAUCUUAUCAAUGUGAAUGAUGCUUUUAGAAACUGACUCAAAAUAGAAGUUUUAAAGCCAAAAAUAAAGAUAUAUCACCAUUAAACACAUUACCCUUAAGUACUACUGUCAAUAUUACAUUUAAAUUUGUACACUGCUCAUAAUUCAUAUGAAUAAGUUUGGCCUUAUGUGCCCCAGAAUCAUUGUCUGUCUUUAAGUGCUACUGGGGUUAAGCCCAAUUCAACCCAGUUCCUUUAGGCUUCAGACAAACCCAUCAAUAAAGUUUUAAAGUCAAAA